AUGCUGAUCCAAGUCGUUGCCCACCGUUUGCAGGAAAAUGUGAGUCCGUCAAUCCUCAUUCGAGCAGGAGCCAUGCUGAUCCAAGUCGUUGCCCACCAUUCGCAGUAUGAUGUGAGUCCAUCGAUCCUCAUUCGAGCAGGAGCCAUGCUGAUCCAAGUCGUUACCCACCGUUCGCAGAAUGAAAUACUUAACAGCGAUCACGGUGUAGUGAUACAGUCCAAAUUACUCUCUGUGUCCUCUGGCUCAUCACCCUUGGAGAGUGUUGUUCAGCUCAUUUCUGCUGCUGUUAUUAUCUUCGAGCACUCUUUCCAUAUUUUGGACCAGCAGCUUUAUCUUCAGGACAGGCAGAAUUCUGAUCCCUGCUUUAUGUCACUCUGGAGCAGUACAUGCCAUCUCCGCAAGCAGCUGCUGUCAGGGAAGACAGGAAAACAAUCCAUUCGUGACUCCCAAAAGAUGGAGUUGGUCAACACAAUUUUUAAAAUUGCUUUAGAGUAUCGUCUGCCAAGACCUCAACCUCAAGCAGUGCAACACAAUGCAGAUGGUAUUCCGAUGUCGAGCUAA